AUUUGAUCUAUAGAAUGGUGGAGAAGACUCACCAGAGCAUGUCUUGUGACGGAACACGAAUCCAGUCAUGUGAACAAGCAAGAACAUUAGACCAUAACCCACAUCGCAGAAUGAUCGAAAAUCAGACGAUCCCAAUGAUAUCAGACGACAACGCCAGAGAGCUUCCCAAUGUGUGCGCCGCCUGCGGAGGACAAAUUCAGGAUAGGUAUUACCUAAUGGCUAUGGAGAAGCAGUGGCACAUGCAAUGCUUGAGAUGUUGCGAGUGCAAGCUGCGACUAGACUCUGACAUCACCUGUUUCUGGAGAGACGGUAAUGUUUACUGCAAAGAGGAUUAUUACAGGCGAUAUGGCGUGAAAAGGUGUGCUCGUUGUCACAUAGGGAUAUCUUCUGACGAGAUGGUCAUGCGGGCCAAAGAUCUUGUGUACCAUCUUAGUUGUUUUACGUGCACAAGCUGCAAUAAAACGCUCUCUACGGGCGAACAUUUUGGAAUGAGAGACAGUAUCAUAUUCUGUCGAGAACAUUAUGAAAUGUCUCUACAGGGUGAAUUCAUCCCUAAUAUAUCACCAAAUCUGCCCGGUGGGGCACAAGGCCAAAUGCCGUUUUAUAACGGGGUGGGGGCAGUGCAAAAGGGCCGACCAAGAAAAAGGAAGAGUCCUAUGCCAGAUCCAAUGGAUGACGUCACAUCCCUUUGCGACUAUGGUAUGGACUCUGACAUGCAUGAUCUCUCCGACUCAACAUAUAGUUCCUCACGACAAAAGCGCAUGCGCACAUCUUUCAAGCAUCACCAAUUGCGAACAAUGAAGUCAUAUUUCAAUCUCAAUCACAACCCAGACGCAAAGGAUUUGAAGCAAUUGGCGCAGAAAACAGGCCUGACUAAGCGUGUACUUCAGGUUUGGUUUCAAAAUGCCAGAGCCAAGUACAGACGGAAUCUAUUACGACAAGAGUCGGGAGAAGGCAACAACAAUAAUAACAGUAAAAACGAUGGUCAAUUGUCUUCUUCUGAAAUGGGAUCACCUGGAUCAAACGCAAUGGCGGACCUUUCAAAUUCACGAUCUCCCGCUCUUUCUGAUAUCAGUUCAACGCCAUCUUUAAGUGACUUGCAAAGCGGAACAAUGGAUCACAUGGAUUCAAUGGACACUAUUGAUAGAUUAAGUAGACUUGAACAUGAUCAAAGUUCAAGCCUGACGGACAUUUUUCAUAAUAGUUUAAAUCCAGAUGCAUAUUAAUGUUUUGUAUAGUACUAUCAUAUAAUUAUAUAUGUAUAAUAUAUAUUUUACCUGUCAGAUCAGUGACGCUAUUGCCACAGUCACACUGUAUUUUAUAUAAUUUAUUUUUUUCUGAUGCCUACCAUUUAAGUCUUUGGUAUAUAUUUGUUGGGCAUGUCAGCUUUUCGCUCAUUUUAAUUCAGCCCGUGCCUAUUCUCUCAGACGCGAGAUCUCGACUGGCAAUAAGGAAAGGGUGGCCAUCCCCGAAAAUCUUUCAAUGAAAACAGCAUACCAAUAGCUUAAAUGACAGGCCUUUCUUAUGUAAUAUGUACCAGAUCAUGUAUACAAUUUAUAUGUACCUGUGGAAAUAUAUUAGGAACAUUGUGUAAUUGUGAAUGCUGUUUUAAUUUUGAUCAUUUCACAGAAUUUUACUCCUCCAAUAGAUCAUCCUUUUAUCUUAACUCAUGUACACUCGUUUCGAAGCAACGACA